AUGGAGGAAACAUCGCUUCCCAUACAGCCAUUGACACCUGUAAGAAUUCCGAAGGCGUCAGACCGCGCAGAGUCCCUCUCCUCAAUGACGCCGAGUGGAUCCUUGCCGACCCAACCGACACAAAUAAAUGGCAAACCCAAGCGGAGGGGCUCAUUGACUAAUAAUAAUGAGUACCAAGCGCCUUUGCAAAAGAAAGCAAAGUUGGAAGAGGAAACCGCCUCAUCCGCUCCUGUUCCUGCCGCGGGACCUUUACCGAGUGUUCUCAGUCUGAGUGCACAAACUCCAGGUCCUCGGUUGCUGCCAAGCCCCAUUCCACGCUAUAGACAGCGACAGCGGGUUGGUUCAUUCAUACAACAGCCCCCCCCACAGCGAUAUCCCCCAAUACUUCUUGCACCAUUUCCAUUCACUCACCACCCUCAUGAACAUAACGAAGAAGUCUACAAUGAGCUUGCUCAUUGGUACCAGCAGUUCCGACCGCAGAUGUGGUCACUAGUAGCUUCGGUGAUGGGAAUACGCUGGGAGCAAGCGGAAGAGAUUGGAUGGCACAUGGGCUGGAACGAGAUUAUGCGGCGCUCCAGCAGACCAUCAACAGCUCAUUAA